AUGGCCACCCUUGCAGCAGGAGUGUUGCAAGGCUCGAAAGAUGCAUUCCCUGAACUGAAAGGCGAGCUUCCGAAAUGCGAGCAUGUCGGUCAUGCUAGCAGCUGCCGAAGGGGACCAGGGGACCAGGGAACGGGCCUGGGCAUCCGUGGGAACUUGCCUGGGUCUGCUCACCUACUCAGACCUAUUCAGACCUUUUCCCUACCUGAGGUCCUAGAGGGCCCCGGGACUCACGGAGAUGGUUCGCUCUCCACUUUGUAUUCAUACAGUAUGUGCGCUCGGCUUGGAAAUCUGCAGGAUGUGUUUCUCCUCGGUCCAGUCAUGGGCUUCCGUACUUGCUAG